GCAAACGGAAGUAAACAGGUACUCUGCCUGACAACGGGGACGCUCUAUCCAAUUUCAUCGAAUUUUUUCUAAAUUUAUCUCUUUAAAAAACUGCUGAAUAGUAAGACAAUGUCGUAGUCAUGAGGAGUCAGGACAAUGAGUGUCGGUAUCAUGUGAAUAUUUUCCUAAAAAAGCUGACGACUCCGUGUUUAUAGUACGAAAAAUGAAGCCUGAGAGGGACCCAUUCUUAUGUACCUGUGGUCCAUGUAAGAAGUUCUGGCGAGACACUUUCAGUGAAAGUGGGGAUUUAUUAAGAGAGCCCCCAACAUGUCGGCAUCAGCAUACUGCAAUACUGUCUGCAGAGAGCAAGGUAGUCAAAGUUGGAGACAGAGUUAUUGUCCAAAACAAAUUUCCAGAAAUCAUUAAUGGAAAAUCAGGUACUGUUAAAUGGGUUGGAGUUUUAGAUGAAGAUUCCAUAGCGCCAGAGUUGUAUGUUGGUGUAAGACUUGAUGAUAACAUAAAUUCUACUCACAAUGGGAUAUACAAUGGAAAGAGGUACUUCCAUGUUCCCCGGGGUCAUGGUGCUAUGGUUAAAUACACAGAGGUCAUGCCACUUAAACAGCCUGAUAGACGUCCACCUAUAUCGGGAAAUUCCAUGUUCCCUAGCUGGCACGAAGUACAGCGAAGACGGAAAGAAAGAAAUCAAAAGUUACAGACUAUUUAUCAAAGUGCUGGAAUGAUGGGGCCCCAGUUUGUUGAGCCAUAUAUGUCUCCACCCAAGACGGCGGCAGCAGGAUCUCGAGGAGUUUCACCUGUAAAAGCAUACAGGGAACCAACAAUACACAUCAGUGAUCCAAAUGAUAUAGCAUUGAGAGAUGUGCAUAAAAAAUCGCAAAUAGAUACAAAACGUAAAGUGUUAAAGGAGGACAGGGAUCAGAAGGAGAUGGAAAGGUUCAGACAACAUUUUGGUGGUGGCCCCGAGGCAGAUAGACUCGCAAUGACUUUGAGAAAAUUAAAAAUAGCGUACCAAGAAGGAAAAGAACUUGUACGGCGAAGGUCUACAAAGGAUCAUGACAUUACCUCAGAGUCUGGGCUUAGCGAUUAUUGAAUUCUGAUUGAAAGACAAAACAUUUCUCAAUGUGAUCGAGCAUUAAAGUUGUAAGGGAUUUAUUAUAGAAACUUACCUUGUUUUGACAUGAAGCGAACUGUUUUGACAUAAACUUUUUUGACAUAAACUUUUUUGAUAUAAAGUUAGCAAUUUACGUAAAAUGCAGACUUUUUUGAUAUAAAUUAAGUUAGCAAUUUACAUAAAAUGCAAACUUAUAAUUUUGAUAUAAAGUUAGCAAUUUACAUAAAAUGCAAACUAUUUUGAUAUAAAAUAUAUAAGACACAAGACAGAACUUGUAUGUUAUACCCUAUAAUUGUGACAGGUAGACUUAUAGUGAUUCUUUGACAGGCUUUCCGGAAGUGGUAUCAGUCCACAAAAUGUACAUGAAAUAUAUUCAAUUUUGUUCAAAUCUGCUUUUCUUUAGUGUUGUACAGAUUUACCUUAUUGUGCAUACAUUAUUUGGCUAUGCAAUUUUAAUACUGUGAUGAUAUGCAGCUGUGCCGUAAAAUAUUAUUUCUGCAAGAACUACAUAUUGAUUUUUUUGUCCAUCAUUCUAUGCCCAUUGUAGGUAUAAGGAACUCUUAAAACUAAGUAUCGUUUUACGCAUAAGAGGAGUGUUACUUAAAAAUAGAACACUCAAAUCAAAAUGUGUUGGUUUUGUACAGGUGUGUGAGUUGAUACCAAGAUGUAUUUUUGAAAAACUUAAUUCUUUUAGUGGUUUCAAACCCAAAUGUGUCAGUGUUGUGUAAAUCAAAAAGAUUGAUGGCAUUUAUGUGAAAUGAGAUAUGACGGAACUAUUUUGUUUUAAAUGUUGUAUAUAUAGCAUUGUAUCAAGUCUUCCAUAAGCGACUUGUACCAGUAACCCAUAAAAAAAAUAGCUAAGAAAAAAUAACUGUACGCAUACAGAAAAUGUUUUGAAAUGUUUCGAAAUUUUGUUGAUGGAAGAAAACAACUAAUUUACUCUUUGUCUGUUUUUUUUUGAAAACUGACUGUAUUUUUUUCCAAAGAAGAAAUGGAAAAAAAUCUUAAUAGACAGUAAUGCACAACAGAUAUCAAUUUAAUCAAAAUCAAUUAUGUUUUGUUUUCAACUUAAAGGUUUAUAUAUUCAUGUCAUAUAAACAGCUGUAGAGCCAAAAGUGUGUUUAUAUAUACAUGUACAUUUAAAAAUUAGUGAUAUUUACAUUUUAGUAGAAGUUUGUCACUAUUUUUAUAUUUUGAUGUCACUUUUCAGCCACAAUUAUUUACAUUUGUUUUAGCUCGGUUUGUGCUCAUUAGGUCCAUUGUAGUGUUUGGAGUACCUGUUUUUUUUGUCUGUGAUAUAUUUUGCGUCUAUGUUUACAUUUUAUAUUAGUGGGUAUUUUCGUUAAAUACAGUCAAGCCUGUGAUUGUGACCACCUGUGUACAGAGACCACACAGCUCUUACGAUCACUGCAUGAUUUCUUCUUAGAUUUAAAUAUUGGUCACAGGGUGAUGAUCAAAGUACUCGAGUUAUCUGGGGUUUUGAGUGAUCUCACAGAAAUUGCUGAAUGUCAUUACCUUUAACCUCUGAAUAAAAUCCACCUUAACAUAAAGACCAUUUGUUGGCUUUCCUACAGGACUGAUGGUCUGUAUAAACAGGUUUGACUGACUACUAUAACACUUGUACAAUUUGACAAAAGCUUGCUGUAUAGUAAGCUUUGCUACAGAUUUGUAGUAUUACAAUUUUUUUUUAAAUUGAGAUCAUUUUUGUUAUUACCAGGGUAGAUAUUUUCCUGUAAUAGUUUGAACUGUUACACAAUAAUUACCAUUAUGUUACAGAUGUUCCAUAGUUUAUGCUGUUGACUGGUCUGUAGCUCAACUCUAACUUGUUUGAGCUAAAGUAAAAUCUUGAAGCAUUAAAAUUUAUUUCUGAUGUUAUGUAGUAAAAUACUAAUUGAAUGGCUUGCUGGACAAUAGUAAAAACUACUUGCACUUGGUUUUUGGACAUCAGGCAACUAUUGACUAUAGAUCAGCAAGCCAUUCAAUAAGUGUGUACCAGAAUACUAGUACUCAAAUGUGUGUAUUAAUAAAAUAUGCAUUAUAUCUAUUUUGUGGAAGUUGCAAAAUUGCUAAAACAUGAUUAGGAAAACAGUGCCUUAAAAACCACAGAACCCAACCUGAAUUUGCUGUAACUGAUUUUUCAUUCAUUAUUGUGAAAUGAUUUUAUUUCUUGGCAUUAAAUUUCGUGGUUCCGACCGAAACAGCUAUUUUAAGAUGACAGGAAAUUAUAGAUUUUCAUAUCUUAAUGAUGAAAUAUACAGAGAUUUUAUACAUACAGUAUGAUGAUUUACUAAACCCCCCCACACCCACACCGAAAAAAAAAUCACAAUAAAGAAUCAGUCAUAAGUAAUUAAUGAAUUCUUGAUAUGUCAGAAUUCUUGUUGCACACCCUUGUCCAUUUUGCAAAACUUUUUGAAAAUAUACCUACUUUUUAAUUACCCUUAUGGGAUAAGUGGUAGGUUUGAUACAGAAAGAACAAAAAGACAUACAAGUGUAUCUAAGUAACCCUAGUGUAAUACACUUUGAUUUUGAUAGGAUUUCACAGAGAAUUGGCAGUUUCAAGAACUAUUAUACUUCCCUGUUAUGCUAGUUGUAGUAUGAUGUCUUGUCUAUAAUUAUCAAAGGGGUAUGUAUUAUGAGGAUUUACUUAAGAAAAUGGCCUACAGUUUUCAGAAAUUUCAGAAGUUACUGAAAAUAUAUAUAUAAAAUAACUUGCUUUUAUUGCAUUGAUAUCUAUUCUGACAAAGGUUUCAUGUAAAACAUUAAAAUUUAGUUACAGUUACAUAAAUAAUUUCUGAAUUACCCCCAAGUACAGACAUUUUUGCCAUUUUGUGUACAAAAACUGCAAAAUAUGGACUUCAGCUGAAGGAGCUGUAAGCCACAAAAUUUGCUGUUCAAGAGUUUUAAGUUUGCACUGUAAAACAUGUAAAAUAACUUGCUUUUAUUGCAUUGAUAACUAUUCUGACAAAGGUUUUGUGUAAAACAUUAAAAUUUAGCUGCAGUUACAUAAAUAAUUUCUGAAUUUCUGAAUUACCCCCAAGUAUAAACAUUUAUGCCAUUCUGUGUGCAAAAACCACAAAAUAUGGACUUUCAACUGAAGGAGCUAUAAGCCAUAAAAUUUGCUGUUCAAGAGUUGUAAGUUUGCACUCUUUCACUGACAGUAAAUUAUUUUGUGAUGGAUGGCUCUUUUAAAAAUGAAAUUUGAAUAUGCAUAUCUGAUUUAUGGGCGUUUUUUUUUUUUUUUUUACAGAAAAUGGGGGAAAUGUUAAUAUCUGUGGUAAAUCAGAAUAACAGCAACUAAGACUUCAAUGCUUAUAUAACAAUUUUUAUAAGAGUAGACAUUAAUGUAAUAAAAGUGAGAUAUUUUACAUGCUGUUAGAAAUUAUUGGAAUUUCUGAAAAAAAGGGGUCUUUUUUGUUAUCUAAAUUGUAUUGUACACCCUUUUGUAUUUCUGUUGUUGAUUGUUAGGUCUGUAUAUAUAACAUCAUCAGUAUAUAAACUUACCAUUUGAAAUUAGGAAGGGAAAUCUGGUAGUUUGUUACGUUGUUGCGUUAAAUGCUAUUUUUAUUGAUUUUCAUUUGAAAAUAAAGAAAAGCUCAUAUUUUUUAUAAA